AGAACACAUGAUGAUAUUUAUUUUAUAAAUCUGGAUUUUUGAUGGUUAUUGUCAUGUUUUCAUUAUUUAACUGACGCAUUAUGAUUAAACUGCCAAUAUAUAAAUAUAUAUAUACAUAGAGAGAGAGAUGUACAACGCAAUAUCCAAUUGCGAUAGACGCGAAUAGUUUGAUGUGAAUUUCCUCAAAAACUCGCUUAUAUGUGUGUGAUCAGUCAACUGAAGGCCCACAACUGUGAUUGACAAGAUGCUAGAAGACCCCUCAUCAGUGCUCCAAGUAUCUUUGGUGUCAUUGGCUGCCUUGGUGGGAUUAGUUGUGGUGUUGGUGCAGUGUGUUUGUGGAAAGAAGAGCGAGGAAUCUGUGAAUGUUGUUGCUUACAGUCCCACCAACCAGCCCACAAACCUAGGGGAAACUAGUCCCAGUGAGCUAAAGGUGACAGCUGUGAAUGGGCGCCUGGAUGUGGAGACGGGCAUCACUCCUCUACGUGACUCCACUGGCUCACAGAAUGGCAAUGCUCACAGUCGGGGAAACUCUGAAGAUCUCUCGAAGGUAGACAGGCGUAGCGGUGCAAGCACUGGUUCCUCUCCCCGCCCCAGCACCCUCGGGAGGGAACUCCCCGAUAUCCCGGUUGCUAACGGCAACAAGACCACAACCCUGCCAGCUGACCGCAGCCACCAGUCACAAUCCUCACUGUCCAGUAAUGAGUUGAAGGGACAUCACUCUCAACUGCCUGAUGUACCUGCAGCUGCUAGAGUCUCCUCCCCUAGUGUGGAGAGCCAUUCAAGGGGGACCACUCAUUCCCAUCUACCAGAAAUACCUUCAUCCGGAAGAGUAUCUGCCCCAGAUAACCAUCUUCCCCGACCAGGGACACAUUCACAUACCCAGCUACCUGAAAUCCCAAAGAAUGCAACCUCAGCAAAAUCUCCAGAAAAGGAAAAGAAGAAAUCUCAAGUAGAUACAAGUAAAUCUCAAGUGCACGAUUCCAAAGUUCAUAUAAGACCAAAAAAAGCUAAGGCAGAGGAUACUGGGACCUCUGCUAGUGAUGAUUAUGAUCAUUUAGAUGCAACGGGUAAGAAGCGCAAUAGACCACGUUCCGAUUAUGAUCAUGUUGUUUUUGAAAGUGGUGAAAAGCAUGUUGUUAUAGCAAAGAGUAAAUUGAAAGAGAAUGAUUACGCAGAAGUUAAGCCAAGCAGUUACGAAGCUGUCGAUGAAGAAGUGACAGUUAUACCAGUGUCCAAGCCGAAAUCUGCCUCAGUUUCGACAGAGAAAAGUGUUAAAAAGUCUUCAGAGGGAGGGCAUGAUGUCGUUGACAAGACAAGCAGUUUCGAUGAUCCUUAUAACAGAAUAAAAGGUGACGAUCCCCCAUAUAAUAAAAUCAAAGAAGAGGACCCACCAUACAACAAAAUAAAAGUAGACGAUCCUUACAGCAUGAUCAAGGUUUCUUUGUCGGAUGAUCCUUAUAACACUGUUAAAGACGAUGAUGAUUCUAUUAAAUAUGUGGAUGAUUUGGACCCAUACGAUGAUGUACUUGAGGGAGCGGGAGCAACAGAGAGACGUUUGUCAAGGCGAAAAAAGGGGCAGAGUUUCAAGGCGGCUGUUGACGAUCCUUAUAACACAGUGGUCAUUGACGAGGAGCGGAAUGUGUCUAAUCAAACGGAUCCUUACGCGAGAGUAGGCGAUACGGAGAUUGAAAUUGAUGAUCCUUAUAAUAAAGUUGUUGAUGUUGAGAAUCCAGGAAAUGUGGUGGACACUGAGAACAUUUUGCCUGAGUAUGGGGAAGAUGAUUAUGCCACCGUGAACAAAGUGGAGGCGGAAUAUGCCAAAGUAAAUAAAGGAAUUGCUCAAAAAAGUGCUACAGAACAAACAAGUUUGGAUUCCCAGAAACCUACACUCAGUGCAAACAGUUCGAAACAAAACUAUCAGUAUUCAACAGUUGUGAAGGUGAAGAAAGCGUUUUCAGGCAAUGGUGAUGCUUCAUCAAGUAGUGUAUUGACUUCUGAAAUAACUUCUUCUUCAUCAUCAUCAAACCAAGGCAGUAAUGGGGCUGCAAGUGCAGCAGAAGACCAAAGAAACCCUGGCAGAUAUCAAGUUCAAGGCCAUUCAACUGGAAUAUCAGUAAGCGGGCAUGACACACUGCUUAGUGGCCCUAGAGCGGAUACAAGUUCACACUUGUCAAUAUCAGCCCACCGUCAUGGCCUUGGUAACCAUAUUAAUGUUACCCAUUCAAUUGAAAGUCAAGGUCAUGUGGGCCAGGGUCACAGAGGUCAGGGUCAAGAAUCAGCGAGCACGCCCAUGGAGCCACCCAGGGACUACUAUGAUGAUGAUGAUGAUGAUGGUGGUGUUGGACAACUGGAGGUUGGCAACUACAACACAGUGUCUAGAGUUAACCAGGACACUCCUUCUGGAGCCCAGGCACAAGGCAGUACGAAGGAGCCACCUUACAACAAACUGAGCGUGCGCGAGUCCUUGGCCAGCAUGAACGCUAGGGCGGCCAGCAACACCUACGAGUACGUCCUUGAGGUCGACAACUUGUAUGCAACGGUGGAGGGUGGUUCUGGAGACGGGGUUGUCAGGGCGACAGGGUCCAGCAAUCCAGGAAGUCCCAGCCAGGGGGACUCCCGUAGAACAUUGAACAGAAGUGAGGCUGAUGUUCCACCUUUGCCAUCGCUGGACAGUCUUCAUGAAACAGCAAAACAGCAUCAGGGGGAGGUCAGAAAGAAACCAGACUACUAUAACAUUGACAAAAACAAAAACUUGCCAAACAAAGGUCAAGGUCACCAAAGGACACCCUCGGGUCAAAUGGUUCAAGGUCAUUCUAGGACGCCAUCUGAUCAUGGCCAGAUACGUUCACAAGCUUCAAGUGACAUGACCUCCUCUUAUGAGAGUCGUGUAAUGAGUUCUUCGUUUGAAGGAGGUUCUAUGUCUUCUUCGUACGAAGGCCGUGUCCCAAUGGCAACGCAAGAAAAUGUAGACCUAGAGUUUGAUCAAAAUUAUCAGUCAGUAGAUAAUACUAAAAAUGGCGAUGAGUGUUUGGAGCUUGAUCCAAACUAUGAAACUGUUGACGAGGCAAAGUCAAAAGUGAAAUAUGAAGAAAUUAAUGGAACUCGUCCAAAACAGUUAGUGAGGUCCCAUAUUUAUGAGGUUCCAGGUGAUAAGAGAAAGUAUGAAGUGGUGAAAGACGGUGACAUUGUAACUGAGGAUGGUAAAAUCAGGGCACAUGUGUAUGAGGAAGUGACUGUAUCAAGUGAAGAGAGAAGACAGAAACAAAAACUGCUGAGUCAGCAUACAUAUGAGGAGGUCACAGAGGUUAUGGGUCAAAAGAAAAAAGGCGGGAAAAGUAAUCAGAGUACAGAUGCAUCAAGUUCUAAAGAUGUUGGGAAAAAAAAGAAAGGUCAUGAGAGGUCAGGAUCUGGGGAUUUGUUUUCGUUUGGUAAGAAGAAGAAUGAUGACAAAGAUAAAAGUAAAGAGAGCAAAAGAAAAACUGAUGGAAAGGAUGCAAGUAAAAAGUGAAACAUUUCGGAUACAAUGUAUAAUGUUAGGAUGAUGUAUUCUUAGCAUAUAUCGGUUGUAUUUGUUUUUCUUGGUUGAUAGUGCAAUCUGUUAGUUUUUAAAAUAAUUUAACCCAUAAUAUUUUUUGGCUCCUUUAUCUUAACCUUUUUUACAUUACACAAAUAUAUGUCAAGGAUUGAUAUUGGUUUAAUAUAAAUGAUUUAUAUGUCAAUAAGGAAAAUGUUACUAUUUCUUCGACACUAUUUAAUUAUUGAUGACUUGCUUGCUAAAUAAUCUGCAAACUGAGACAUGUAAUUUAAUAAUUUUCAUACUUUUAAAACAUAAUUACACAUACAUUUACUUGUUUGUAACCUGUUAACUAUUAGAAAGUAUCAUAUUUCAGUAAGACAGAUAACAAUUAAAGCUUAUAUUUUAAAAGAUUGAAUUAAAUCAGUCAUAGUUGUAUUAUCUGAUUAUUUAUUUGCAAUGUGUUUUCCAUAACUUAAGUUAUUAUGACAAAGUGAAUUUACAGCUAUUUUUAGUUUCAAAAAUAGCCUCAAUGCUGUAACUGAAGAGGAUUGUGAAGAUAGUUAAAUUUAUGUAUUAACCCUUAAAGCGCUGGAGCUGAAUUUUAAAGGCCUUUGCAAACAGUUUGGAUCCAGAUGAGACGCCACAGAACGUGGCGUCUCAUCAGGAUCCAAACUGUUUGCUAUUCUGAUAGUAUUCUUUGAAAAAAAUCAAAGAAAAGGCUAAUUUUAGAAAUUCAACAGACGACAUUUUAGCAGACGACAAAUUUCCCAGCAUGCAAAGGGUUAAAGAUUAAUCAUACCGAUACUUGUUUAUGAAUCUGCUUUGUUUGGGAUUAAACAAUAACCAUAUAUUGUGUAUGCCAUACGUCAAGUUAGUAUUUUAUAUAAAAGUAAUGUAAACACACUACUAUGUGACUUUGGAAAUGUGAUCAACAUUGGAAUAAACUUAGUUGUUUCAACAUUUCUUUACACGCAAGUUUUGUACCUGUUGUAUUGACGAAUUUUGACACACUGGAAGUCAAAUAGACGCAUGCAUAUAUGAUUGCAUCUUUUAAGCUGAUUUUUUCCCCAAAGGUGUUUACGUGGAGGAAGAAGAAAAAUAUCCCUAAAGGAAACCUUGUCCAUUCAUGCAUUAAAAUGAUGUUAACUGAAUUGAAAGUCAUCAAAAAGUGCUAAUUGCACUUGAAAUAUAAUAUAACAAGGUGUAUAAAGCACAUAAAAUGCCCAUUUCAAGUCUUGUUUUAACAUCACAUUAAAUUGUUUGAAGUAUUUAUACAUUGACUCCUUGCUGGAAGUGUAAGACAAAUGUUAAACAAUAUGCCUCAUAUAUAAACUAUUUAUCAAAUGCACACAUCAUGGGUUAUUUCUGCUAACGUUAAUGCUAAAACAGUUCAUAUGGACUGUCCGUAUAGCUAGCCUAGAAUUAUUUAUGUAUUUAUUCUUAACAUAUUUUAAUCUCAAUACAAUUUAUUUGAACAUUCCAGUGAAAUCCACACAUAAAUGCAGCUUUCGUGGUAAAUGGUUGUGUACAAUAAAGCAUUAUCAGUGUAAAUAUUUAUAUAGAAAAAUUUGUAAAUUAACACAUCUAUAAUCAUACAUUAGACUUAAUAGAUUGUUACAUUUAAAUUAUUAUAAUUAUGUGAAAUUAUUAUAUUUUAGUUUGUUUUAAAGAUGCGUACUCACCCUAUGUUCCCUUCAUUUAGAAAUUUUCAUGAAACCAUUAUGGUACUAAAAAACUUGACAACUGUACCAUCCAAGAAGCCUAAGUAAGAAAUAAUAAAAUAAAGAAGAAAAAGUGAAGCAAAACAAGAUAGUUUCAUAUAAAAUACCAUAAUCGUAUUAUCCCCCGCCAUAGGCGGAGGGAUAUUGUUUUGGCGUUGUCCGUCCGUCCUUCCGGCACUUUUGUGUCCGGAGCCAUAUAUUGGAAGUGGUUUGGCGGAUUUCAUUGAAACUUGGUACGAGUAUAUAUAUGGCUAAGAGGAUAAUGCAUGCUAAAUGGCAUAGUACACCAUCUGUUAAUAACGGAGUUAUGGCCCUUUGUAUCUUGAAAAAAUGCUUUUUUGUGUCCGGAGCCAUAUCUUGCAAGUGCUUGGCAGAUUGUAUUGAAACUUGGUAUGAGUAUAUAUAUGGAUAAAAGGAUGAUGCACGCCAAAUGGCAUUGUUCACCAUUGGAUAAUAAUGGAGUUAUGGCCUUUUGUAUCUUGAAAAAAUCCUUUCUUUGUGUGUCCGGAGCCAUAUCUUGGAAGUGCUUUGACGGAUGUCAUUGAAACUUGGUAUGAGAAUAUAAUUAAAAAAAUUAUAUGGAUAAGAGGAUGAUGCACGUUGGCCUUGUCCAUUCGUCCAGAAAACUUUUGUGUCCAGAAUUAUAUUGGCGGGGAUAUCAAUUCAACGAAUUGUGAGUAUAUAUAUGGAUAAAAGGAUGAUGCACGCCAAAUGGCAUUGUUCACCAUUGGAUAAUAAUGGAGUUAUGGCCCUUUGUAUCUUGAAAAAAUCCUUUCUUUGUGUGUCCGGAGUCAUAUCUAGGAAGUGCUUUGACGGAUUUCAUUGAAACUUGGUAUGAGUAUAUAAUAAAAAAAUUAUAUGGAUAAGAGGAUGAUGCACGUUGGCCUUGUCCAUUCGUCCAGAAAACUUUUGUGUCCAGAAGUAUAUUGGUGGGGAUAUCAAUUCAACGAAUUGUGAGUAUAUAUAUGGAUAAAAGGAUGAUGCACGCCACAUGGCAUUGUUCACCAUUGGAUAAUAAUGGAGUUAUGGCCCUUUGUAUCUUGAAAAAAUCCUUUCUUUGUGUGUCCGGAGCGAUAUCUUGGAAGUGCUUUGACGGAUUUCAUUGAAACUUGGUAUGAGUAUAUAAUAAAAAAACUAUAUGGAUAAGAGGAUGAUGCACGUUGGCCUUGUCCAUUCGUCCAGAAAACUUUUGUGUCCAGAAGUAUAUUGACCUGUUGCAGUAUAGGCUUUGUAUUGACUGAUUUACUGAUUGUGUCGCUUAUAACAACUACGCAAUUUUAAGAGAAUUGUCUUAAGUGACUUAUUUAAUACGCAAUACGCUUUAAUUGAGACAAUCGCAUAAUGAAGUAUAUGCUGCCUGCACAUACUCGAGACAUACAAUUGUUAAGCUUCUGCAAUAAGACAAUAAUAUCUGUUGUUAAAGUAUUAAUGUUUAAAUGAGAAACAAAGGUGAGUUUUACUUCAUAAUUUAUCUAAAUAUUUUAUUUGUUAAAAUUGAUCAGUGGAAGUCAGUAACAAAUAACUUAAACUUAAAAAAACAUUUAUGGAGGAUUAUUUUGUUAUUAUUAUACUCAUUAUUAUUACACUAUUUUAAUUAUUUAGAUUUAGUUCAUUACUUGAUUGAUAAUCGGACAUUCUUUAGUAAAUACCGUUUCUUACUUAAACUCCUUAGCAUUUACCUGAAAAGAUAUUGCUUAGCUUUUCGGUUUAUUUUUAUUUAAUGUAUAAACAUUUUCCAUCUGCUAGUUUCAACCAAAUAUUGUCUGAACUGCAAAUUAAAUUCAAAUAUCGUUCAUAGAUCGUAAUUAAAAUGACAUUGACUUGAUUUUGUAUUAUGAUAUUGUAUAUUCCACAACUUUGUUGCCUCGUAUAUUUAGCCUACAUGAGCACAUGCUCACGGUGAGCUUUUGUGAUCACAUUUUAUCUGUCCUUCAUUGUCCAAUAUGCAUUGUCUGUCGUCAACAUGUAUUGUUUGAACACCCUAGAAGCAACCUUAAUGCUCUAUGAAAAUGAAAAUUGACAAAAAACAUUUGCAAUGCAUUUUCGUUACAGGCUCACAUGUUAUUAAAAUUUAGGUUAAAGUAAAUAAAAAGCCAUCCACGCUGUGGAAGUCACAGUUUUGGCCAAAACAUCAAGAAACUUGCUCUAAUGAUAUCUCAGCCGAGUUUAGAAUGGUUACGUAAAGAUAUCAAAAGCUGCUUAGAAAAAAGCAGUUCCGUCUGGUCUCAGGUGAGCGACUGAGAGUCUUUGGCUCAAUUGUGCUGUAACAAGAUCUUAUGUUAAUGCCAUAUUUUCUUACAUAUUUUAGCGCAUAUAUAUAUAUAUGCAUUUUUUAUACAUGUUUUUAUGUAAGCCAUUUUGUAUGUUGUAAGUUGUAACCGUAUGUGUUAUGCUAUAAAAUGUUACUGAAAAUGUAAAAGAUCAAACAACA